AUGUCUGCACCUGAGACUCUGGUGCCAACUUACCAGGGCAUCGUCGUCGAGACGCUUGACGCUCUGUUGUUGUUUGAAGCCUGCUUAUCUGGUAAGCUCAGCCAUGUCUCGCGCCGCCCUCACGACCGCGAGCGUCCCGAGCUCAUCCGCAGCGGCAACGUCUUCAUCUACGAGGAGCAGUCGUCUGGUAUCAAGCGUUGGACCGACGGCAUCACUUGGAGCCCCAGCCGUAUCCUCGGCAACUUCCUCGUCUACCGCGAGCUCGACCAGGCUGUCGCCCCUGGCGAGAAGAAGCGCGCCCUCAAGAAGCCUGUCAGCAAGCGCUCCUCUGUCAGCGGUCUCCCUGGUAUGCCCAACGGAUCCGACCCCAAGGACCCCAUCCGUGAGCUCGUCGGCUCCUUGACCGACUCAUACGACUUCAAGGACGAUGGCUUGGUCAAGAAGACUAUCAGCGUCAAGUUUCAGGGUAUCAGCCAUCACUUGGUCAGCUACUACACGAUCGACGAUGCUAUGAGCGGUCGCCUAAACUCUCCCACCCACGACCCCAUAUUGUGCAAGCUGCACGUCCGCGAGGAGCUGCUCUUUGCCCAGACCUUCCGCACCGCAAUCAGUGAAUUCGAGUACAAGGGCGCGGACGGAAAAACCUAUGUAACUGGCGGCUACGUCGCCAUCCCGCACAGUUCCGAUCCGUCCAACGGCAUGCCGCCAGUGCCUGGCUCGGUGCCCAACAUGCCAGCCUUCUCACCAACAUUUGACGGCUAUGCACCCCCGCCGGCCUCGGGUAUGGUCCCCCAUGGCCUCAACAUGUCCAUGGGCCAGCACCAACCAUCUUAUGAGUCGGCGACGCCGGCCUUUGGCACGCACCCUCAGCCGAUGGCAUUCGCGCAUCCCCAUCACCAGCACCACCACUCUCUUCCCCAGCACCACCAGCAGCCUCACCCGGCCGAUCACCAGCUGCCUCUUCCCCACCCUGCAGACCAUCACCAGUACGACAACCACGGGAGCCUGGGUGGCAGCAGUGCCGUCUCCAGCUUCGACCCUCACCAGCAGCAAGCCGACUACAUUUACCAGGGGAAGCCCGAUCCCGACUAUACGCCCCAGGCGCCGCCGACGCCGUCAUCUGCGUCCUUUGCUCCCCGUCCUUCGGUGAGCUACGCCGACCACACUUCGCCGCUCGACAUGGACUACGUGAGCCAGUCGCACCCCACGCAGACGAUUCCUUCUGCUUCCGACUUUAUCACUAGUGGUGGCAUGCCCAACGCCAAUAUCUGGAACUGA